AUGUUAGAUAUUUAUUUUUCCCAGAUCCCAUUCCCAGUCCGGCCGACACGCCUCAAAGACGAAACUUGUAGCAGGAGCAACAGCUGCAGCAGCAGCAGCAGCUCCGCAGCAUCUCCUGUACAGCAGCCUUCAUGCCCUCACUUUUAUGAGCCGCACUCGGGGCUCGCCACGCUCUCGAACCUUCCCCCUCUUGCCCUCACUGAACCGCUAAAGAAACGUCCUCCUGCGGUGCUCGUGACUGACAAUUUAAAGAAACGACGACUUGAGCCUAUCCAAGACCUGAGGAAUUUAACCAGGCCUAUACCGCAAGCCCUGGGUAGUUUACCGAGGCCUAUCCCUCUGGACCUACGGGGUUCCAGCGGCCGGGCGGCUGUCCCGGAGAGCAGCGUUUGGAAACGGACCCAAAAUUCAGACAAGCCUAACGAACCGACACCUGCGAUGAACCAGCUUUCGGAACGCCUCGUGUCGAGCAUCAUGGACGAGGUGAAUGCUCAAGUGCCUGUGGCAUCAACCGGCACCUAUGCUGCACAUCACACGGACGCCCCCACCAGCGCCACCGCCUCCCCAGGUCCACGGCAGGCGUCGCGGGUUGACAACUGUGCUGCCAAGAGCGUCCAUGAAGCAUCCAUCGCCUGCACGCCCAAGCGCGUGCGAGACGCCCGCACUAAUAAGGAAGACGGCUCAGUGUACGCCAGAGAGCAGACGUGCGUGCAGCUGGCGCUGGUGCAGGGGGCGGCCCUACGCAGCGUCUCUUGCUUGCUGCACGCGCCGGACUUCGCAGAGACCAUCCUCGUGCCUCGUGUCCGACAGGGCUCGGCAGACUCUAGCGCUAAGGAUGAUUGUAAUGAGAAGAAAGACGACUCGGAGGGCCAGGCAAUCGUCGGUGAGAGCGUCAGAGCCGCCGUCAGGGAGCUCGUGAAGGACCUCGCCUUCGCCGCCACCGUCGCUAGCCCUUACGAGAAACCGGUUGAGAUGCUGUGGGUACAGCGUUGCCACAGCCUACUGCACAGCACCAGCGUACAGGCAGCAGCAGAAGAGUCGUGCAGCAUCAGUGAGGCACAGCACAGCGUGCUGGUCCUAGCGUCUGCUGAGGGCCUCGUGACACCAGCACCUGGUGCUGCUUCGAAGGAGAGCUGCGAGAGACCAAAGUCUCUGCUGCUCGACGCUGCUGGGGAGGACCCUCGCAGCAGAUCGCACAGCUCCUCUCCCAGGCCUCCUGCCCACCGCCCCACCCACCCGCUGCUUCACUCCGCCUCUGAGGGGACCUCAUCUUCCAUGGCCCCGGGGAUGUCACCAGCUUCUUCAUCUCUGCUGCUCUCGGCCAGCGAGGCGCCCCUGGACACGCUGCGCAACCUGACGUACCGCCGCUUCCUGAGACGCCUCGGUGCUGCCCAGGCUGCCGGCAUAAUUGAUCCUGAACACGACGAUUAUUCCUUCCUUUUGAGUGAUGCUGUGUCGUCUGCCGGUGCUUACCGCGACACAGGCCACCGCACGAGCUACGACAGCGCUGUUGUCCUCGCAUCAUCGUCUACUCCCUUGACUUCGUCCAACUCUGCGCCAGCCGCCGCCAACGCCAGCGUCAGCUCUUCCCUCGCCACCACCGUCAGCAGCGCCCCUCAACACAACUCUACUAGUGGCAGAGGGCUAACCACUAGUAUGAGAGGGCAUUCCACUAUUGGAAGAGGUCGAACCACUCGUGGAGCAGGGUGUACCUUCGGUGAGCUGACAAUAGCUCUCGCCUCAUGUGAAGAAGGCCGCGAUACCACUAGUGGUGAAGGCCGAUUCACUAGUGGAGGAGACCUUGCCACUGGUAGUGGAGGCCAGGGCACUUGUGGAGGAAGCCACGACACUAGUGGAGGCCACGGCACUUGUGGAGGAAGCCACGGCACUAGUGUAGGCCAGGUCACUUGUGGAAGCCAUGGCACUAGUGGAAGCCAGGCCACUUGUGGAGGAAGUCAUGGCACUAGUGGAGGCCAGGGCACUUGUGGAGGAAGUCACGGCACUAGUGGAGGGCAGGCAGCUAGUGGAGGUGGUGGUUCAUUGACAGUUCAGUCGAGCCUGUUGCCGCUGCUGUUCGAGAUGGGGUUCAGCCUUCGCCACAUCCAGGCCGCUUUUGCUGCUAAUACAAUAAACAAAGUGGAAGCUACAGGACGACACAUGAACCAGCUGGUGACGUGGCUGCUGGAGAACCCCAUGCCCUCCCACCCCCACCAGGCCCUCCUGCCCCCCUAUCCCCCGCAGGCCCUCCUGCCCCCCACCUGCCCCAGCGAGAGGCGCCGUAGCAACGAUGACGCCCUCACUCUCUUCGCCAACCAGGUAUCGGACACGUCACGGGACACUUCUGACACGUCGUGGCGACGUCGCGCGUUCGUGAGACGCACGGGCCUGUCUCUUAUACACAUCUAG